AAAUCAUACUGGUGCCAAUUCACACUGAUGACUGUCAACUCAUAUGCUGAUUUUAAAGUCAAAUUUUCAACGACAGAUUACAUUGAAGAAGAUUCUGUUAAAUUUUCAAGAUUAAAAAAUUAUAAUAAUGAAAGGAAUGAAAAGAAAAUUGCUUACUAGUCAACAAUUGGUUGAUGAAUAUCCAAAUCUUCCAUCAAGAAAAAAUCCUAUACAGCCUGUAAUACCAAUUACAAAGAAUAAAAAUUUAACCUCACCUAUCCUACAUCUAACAGUAUCAAGUUUAUUAUAUCAAACACUAGAUCAAACUAGUAGAAUUGGUGGCGGUGUAAAUGAGCACUCUUCAACUUUUCAUACAAGUAAUAAGAGUAGAAAUGAUGAAAAAACAUCCUCUAAAAUAUGUUUAUACCAUUUACCACGAAUAUUUCGUAGACCUUUAUUGAUAACAAAUUUUCGUCCUUUAUUAGCGCCAUUUAUACCAAUCUUUAUAAGAAUUUUAGUCAAUCAAAUUGAAGAAGAAUGUUAUAAAACAUCAUGGGAUUUAAUAUUUAAAGAAUUGAAUGAAUCCUAUGAUGAAGCUAAAAUUGUCUUAUUGAAGAUAAUUCAACAUUGGCAGAAUGAAAAGCAGCUAAAAUAUUUUGUUAAUAAAUUAAAAUUAGAUGUAAAAAUUAUGACUAUACGAUUAUUUUUAAAUGAAUUAGAUAAUAAAUUAUUGAAUUUUUCACAUUCAGCAACAAUGAAUAUUGUUCAAUCACCAUUGUUAGAUUUAUUUCUACGUCCAAAUAAGCGUAUACGUGAAAUUGUUCAACAGAUCACCUUAUCACAAUCCUGUGUACAAAUGGAUACAUUAUCAUUUAUAAUGAUUCAUUUAUUACAUGCAUGGGAAUAUGCUAGUAAUCCAAUUGAAGGAAAAGUUAGUCUAGGCCGUAUCUAUGGUAACAUAUUGAUAUCAUUUUCUGAAAAACCUGAAUUACGCGGUUUAGAACCAGGCGAAUUUAAAACAAUUGAAUCUGUACUACUUGAAGCCAUCUUAGAAUUAUGCAAUUUUCAAUUUUGGCAACAGAUGACCAUGUUAAAAAUACGCUCAGUUUUUGAGUAUAUAAGUGAUAUGGAAAAACGUUUUGCUACAGAUUUUCGUAUACAUCAAGAGGAAAGUAUCAUCCAGCAUAAAUUAACUAAUAAUGAUAGGAAAACAAGGUUAAGCAAACAGAUAAAUCAAGAAAUGGAUACAAUGAAGAGUCGAAAUGGCGCUAAUCAAAAAGAUGAUAAUGAUUUGGAGCAAAUCACUAUAAUGGAUAUGUUCCCUUUGUUUAAAGUUGGCAGUAACAACAGUUUAUACAAAAGUGGUCAUUCAAAAGUCACUUCAUCAUUAUCGAUUCAAAAGACAAAGAUCCAGUGAAAAAAAAUUCGUAUCUGUGUUGUCUUCGAUUAUUUUCUUUAAAAAAAAAAUAAUACUGAAGCAUAUAGAUAAAUAUAGUCUGAGUGGUAACCUGCUCACUGUGAGGUCUGGACAGUUUUGAACUCAAUUCCUUUACAGAUUAGUGGGUGUGAAUUCAUAAACGCAGAGGAAAUAUUUGUCCGAUUCUUUCAAGUUUUCAGUGUUUCUUUUGCUAGUGUCAGUUUUUCAUGAGAAUUACGUUCCUACAAACCACCAACUGAAUUACUAUCUCAUUGUAUAGGUAAGUUCGAAUAUAAUCCCUGUGUCUUUAAAAAAUCGAAAACAAGGUUUUACCGAACGUUUCACUGCGUAUGCCACAGACUCUUCAGUAGAAUAUUCGGAUUUUUAUUCAACAUCAAAAUAUAUACUGUCAAACAACGAAUGAUACAUCUUCCAUAAAAAAAGUUUACACACUCAAGCACGUUGUUUACUGAAUUUUUUUUGAUGACAAAUGACAGAGACUGCGUGAACUUACCAUGACUAACUGGGAAGAAUCAGCCUGAACAACAAAAUAGUUAACCAAUGACAGGAAUUUCUACAUGUACACAGCAAAACGUUCAGAAAAAUCCUGUUUUUGAUUUUCUAAAGAAGCCGGGAUUAUGUUAAAACCAACCUAAAAUAUCUUUAUUCUCGAGUUAUGAAGUUAACAUGAGGCAAACCAGUUUACAGGCCUCAUCAAGUUGAUAAAUGCAGAGAAACAUAAAAGGUUUUAGCAGUUUUGAAUGAUACAGAGAGAGGAGAUUAGACUCUAUCAUGAUACCAAGUGUCUAAAUGUUAUGAAAAAAGCAGGAAAAUAUCACUUUACAGUGCAUACACAUCGUUUUGAGUUUAAGUCAUUUCUGCUCACAAUUCUUUCUUCACAUCAAACGGCGCAAUAUUUGGUGUUUGCGUUGUGAGUAGUCCACAUGAUUGGCCCAUCUACUAGACCAAGUGUUUCGUCAGAUAAACGUCUAUUUUAACAGUAACUUUCAAUGAUUUCAGUAAUAAGUAAGUAUCCAUACA